AUGGACAUGGACCAGGCCUGUCUCAAGGGAAUGGACAGCCCGCCGCAAUCGGCAGAGGAAAAGUCCUCCAAGGACGCCGCCCAGAAGGCCAAGGGGCCUCGCAAACGGACAAAGACCGGCUGUCUAACCUGCCGCAAGAGACGCAUCAAGUGCGGCGAAGAGAAGCCCCGGUGCAACAAUUGCAUCAAAUCCAAGCGAGAGUGCGAGGGCUACGGCCAGCGAGUCGUCUUCAGGCAUCCCGUCGGCCCCAUCCCCCAUCUCGGGCCUAUCCGCCAGAUCCAGGGCAUGGGAGGCAUGCCCGGCAUGCCCAUCAUGGCCGGCGCCUUCGGCCAUUCCAUGCAGCAGCACAUCGAGGCCGCCUCUGCCUCCCGGCCCGCCCUGCUGCCCAUCGCUCCCCGCCCGUCCUAUCACCACGCUCACCCGGACGACCUGUCCCGGCAUCAUCAGGCCUAUUCGUCUGCUGCAGACCCCUAUGCCGCCUCGACACAGCAUCAUUCCGCCAUCAACCCAGACCAGCCGCCGUAUACCUGGGACUCGGUCUCGUACAGCGACGGCUCGUACAUACCGACUUCCUCCGCCGCGGCUGCCGUCUCUACUGCAGCGGCCGGCUCGGCUCAGCACUACGUCACGUCCACUUCCUCCUCCUCCGCCAGCUACCCGCCCUCUGAAGCUCCCUAUCCGCAGCAGGAGUAUGCAUACGAGGACACCACUGCCUGGGAAGACGCAGCUCAGCUGCAUCCCUAUGAAGCAGCGGCGGUAUAUCAGGCCCAGCUCUCACUCCAAGGAUUCAAUCCUCCUUCGUCGAUAGUCUCGCCAACACCCGAAUAUGUUCGGCAUGAUCAUGUUUCUACUACUACUUCUACUUCUACUUCUACUACUACUACUACUACUACUACUACUACUUACACUGCUGCUGCUUGCUCUGCUUCUUCUGCUACACUGGUGCCCAAGUUGGAGUCAAAGGAGGCCCUGCUGUUUCCCCCUGCCCCUGAUUCUAAUGAUGCCCCCAAUCAAUGCCGCCAGCAGCAUAGCCUGGUGAUGCACGAUGUUGGAGAAGAGAGUGAUGACUAUUUUGAUGUCGAGUCAGACGAGGAGCUGGAAGAUCAGUUUUCUGCUCCCUCUGCUGCCGCUACUACUGCUGCUGCUGCUGCUGCUGCUGCCUGCUAUGCAGUGCCAGGCAAAGACAGCCUCUACUACCCUUCCUCUGCUCUCGCAGUAUCUAAUCCGCCCUUUGCGAGUUAUAUGAAUUAUGAUAAUUUAUUGGCCACAUACCGCCCGUCUCCCUUAACUUCGCCCCUUAUCGACCCUGAGGUCGCCAAACUGUUCUCCCACUUCAUAGGCUCCAUCGGGACCAUCAUAUCCAUCUUCGAGCGCAAGCACAGUAUCGCCCCUUUGCUCAGCUUCUCUCUCCUGCCGACCGAGCAGCAGAGCCUGUUCACCUACACCCUGCCGACCCUGGCGCUCGAGAACCACGGCCUGCUGCACUCCAUCCUGGCCCUGAGCAGCGUUCAUCUCGCCUACACCACCGGUCAGUCCUCGACGGCCGCAUUCAGACACUACCACUUUGCUCUGCGGCGCAUCAGCAAGGCCGUCGGCCUGCCGCACAGGAGGAAGCAGAUCCCGACUCUCGCAGCGACCUUGCUGCUCGGCUUCUUCGAGGUCCUCGCCGCCGAGCACUCGAAGUGGUGCAGCCAUGUCGCAGGAGCCUCGCAGCUGAUCCGGGAGAUCGACUUUGCCAGCAUGACCAGACGCAUUCGAGCGAUGAGAGCGCGGGCGAGGAAGCAGAAAUCCGUGGCCGGCGAGAGGUCGUGGACUCGGGCGGGCGAUUUCAGGCUGGACACGUUCUUCGAGAACGACAUCUAUGCGCCGAUCGAGCGGGAGAUCGACGUCGAUCUCGUCAGUGCGAUCAUGGGCAGAGACGCCAGCUAUGAUGCGCUGCCCGCUGAGCCUGCCGUUGAUCAGCCGCUCACGGCGAAGGAUAUCGAGGAUCACCGCAUCCGGACGGACCUCUACUGGCACUAUUGCAAGCAGGAUCUCUUCCAGAGCCUCAUCAGCGGCAACCCCUUACUGCUCCCGUACGAGAAAUGGGCGCAGACUCCGCCUCGCUCAGCCGUUGGCCGGAUUCAGACAGCCUACGGGACAAUGGACCAUCUGCUGCUGCUGCUCGCUCGCAUCUCAGCCUUUGGCGUCAGGGACAGGAAGCGCAAACUCAAGGCCAUGGAGAAAAACGGGGGUGAAUGGCGUCCGCCUCCCAGCAUGUUCCCUCCUCCUGCCACUGCCCCUGACGGCCCGCCGUCCAGGCCCAAGCCAGCAUCAGCACCACCGCCAGCACCACCGCCAGCACCGCCGCCAGCAGGACCACCAGCACCACCAGCACCACCAGGGCCGGCGUCUGGAGCACGAGGACAAGCAGCAAAUCAGGGCAAGAGCCCGCCCAUGUACGGGAUGCUGCCAGCGGGCCCCGUCAAGCUUUUCUCGGGAUUCGCAGCUGCGCCGGGCGCUGGGCCGACACAGCAGGCAGCGGCGUCUCCCAGCACCGCCAGCAGCAGCGACGAGACUGAUCUGGACACCCGCACGGCGCAAGCAGAGGCCGAGUGGCAAGACAUCCUCGCUGCCUGCGAGCGUUUUGAACAGGCCAUGGGUCCGGCCUUUGCUCCGUUGCCCCCGGACGGCGCACCUCUGAUCACAAGCCCGUUUGGCCCUGCAUUGCAGUACCGCACCCACAUCAUUGGCUGCAUCUGGGGGCUCUACUAUAUGGGCCGUAUUAUCCUCCAUCGCUUCCACCCUUCCAUGCCUCCCGCUGCCACCAUGGCCGCCGUCGUGGCCGCCCCGAGGACAGCCCAGUAUGCGCAAAACAUCGGUCGUGUGGCUGCCGGGAUCCCCUACGACCACCGCCUCAGCAGCAGCGCCAGCAGCUACUAUGCGCACCCUUCUUCUUCUUCUUCUUCUUCUUCUUCUUGCCCGCCUGCGGGUGCUAGCUCAAAUCUAAACGUUACCAUCGCCGGGGUGCUGCACGAGCUCACCGUCUGUCUCUUCUUCGCGGCCGUGCAGUACGUCGAUCCAGCGCAGCGAGCCUGGACGGUGGCGAUGCUACGUGACAUAUCGAUUAUCACCGGCAGCAAGUCCCCGAUCGCCAUUGCUCGGGGCUGCGAGACCUCCUGGAUCAAGGCUGCUGAGGCCGGUCGAGGCCCGCCGCACCAGCGCAUGGUGUUUGACUUUGACCCCAGCGACGAACAACAGGGGCAGCCCGUCGACUUCAACUACGUGACACAGGCACAGGCCGAUCAUGACGACGAUGUGAUGAUACGUUUUUCUUUUUUGAUGUACACUGGCAGGAGUAUUCCUGUCCUGGCACUCUUCACUCUUGUCUUCUUCUUCUUUUUAUGUGUUUAA